GGAGAGUGCUUUUGAGGAAGGGGAGCAGAAUAGUGCCUUUGUCAUUUGGAAAAGAGGAAGUUUGGCAGGGGUGGGUCAGCCCUGUGGUUAGGUACCCCUUCUCCAAACCUAGACCAGAGAUGACACCCUGGAUCCCUGCUCUGCAGAGUGCAGGCGGGCAGGACUCACUCUAUGGACCCCUCGCGAUUUUUGUCAGUAGCAGAAAGACCUCUCAAUGCAAGGUUCUGAGGGCAAGGCCUGUGACCUCCCCUCGGAUGGCAGCCCCCAUUCCCUCCCAGUGUCCCUGAAAGCUGACAGCCAUGCCCUCUUCUCUGCCAUGGCUGGGGAACAGGAGGCUGGUUCUGUGCCAGAGCUGGAAGAUGUCCACAGCAGCACUGAGGACCUUCUGUCAAUAGACAUGGCUCUCCAGGGUACAGAGUACUACAGAGACCUGGGCUAUGGAGCACCUGUGGAGAUGACAUCAUGGGUCCCUCUGGCCUCUUGCUCACAGGAGAAGCCACCAGGGGAACUUGUAGCCCCGCAGCUCCAGGAACCUGGUUGCUUUCUUCAGAGCCCGAAUGGCCUCUGUCCUGAGGCUCGAGGAGCCGAGCCCUUUCCCAUGUUGGCCCAUUCAAUGACCACAUCUCGGAGACAUAGCUGGGAGAGGCCUCUGUCUCCCUUAGAUGUCGGAAGGAGGUCAGGCAUCACCAGAGUGAGACUCAGCCUGGACACCUCGGACCUGGGCAGUGAUGAGGAGCGAAGUUUGCCCAGAACAUUUGCCAGCCAUUCCUUGAAUCUGCCUGGAGGGGGCUUGAAGGCCUGGGCAAAGAGGACAGGUCACCAAGCCACCUUCCAGGGCAGAGCCUCACCUGAGCUGCCCUACAUAGUUGUGGAAAAGCCAACGAGACAGCAGGAAUUUGACAGCUCUUGGAAGAGGCUGAGGUCAAGGUCUGUUCCUCAAACUGGUGAUAUGGUUUCUUCCUCAAGAAUCGCUCAGAACCUGGAGGUUUCCAUUCCAGCUGCCCAAGGUAUUGAACCCCCUAUGCUGGAAAGAGCAGAAAAAGACCACGUGUCCCCUGAUCAUGUCUUAAUUGUCCAGCAAGUCCUUCAAGAGCUCAAGCAGUACCAUGGGGCGAAGCAAAGGGCUCACUUAGGGGAUGACCCCAGGGAUUCCCAGCAGAACAUAACUUGGUUUGAGUUCCUGUCCAGUGAGAAGGAAGAUGAUGGGAAGAGUGAAAAGAGUGAAAAGGGAACCAAGGUGAAACGAAGGCUGAGCUCCCUGAGAAGUCGAGUCACUGGCUCCUGGCAGAAGGAUAAGGGUAAGAACAAAGACCAACAGAAAGAGAUAGAGCUGAGGGAAAAGUGGAGAAGCACAAAUGGUCACCAGUUAGUGCCAGGGACUUUCUCCAGCUGUAUCAACUGCUCCCUGUGUGGCAAACCCCUGCUCAAUCGGAAUGGGCUGCAAUGCUUAAACUGUGCAGUGAAUGUUCAUAAGAAUUGUAAGAAUUUACUGGCCGACUGCAGUAAUAGCAAUAAACUCAAGCAGAAAGAUUUCCAGCAUAAACCUCCAGGAUCUCCACAGAGUUUGGCACAAAGUUCAGCCCAGAGUCUUUAUCAAGCAGCCUCUUGGAAGGAGCAGCCUCGUAGCACCCUCUUGGGGUCUAAUGGCACCCCAGUUCUGCCUAGGAAUGUCGGAAUGACUAUCUCGACCAGGGCGAGUCUUCAGGCGGCAAUGAACACGACUGGAACUCUGAAUAGAUUUGGACCAGGUACAGGAGACAUGGAUGAUACCGACUCUGGAUUUACAAAAUUCAAGCAGGCAGCAGAUGAUUCUCUUUCACUGGCAUCGUCAACUACUGAAUCUGUUUUUGUGGAAGAUUCCUACUCUGCCUCGCUGAGAAGUGAGAUAGAGGCCGACGCACAGGAGUUUGAAGCUGAGUCCUGGAGCCUUUCUGUAGAACUGCCGUUUGCAAAGAAACAAAAAAAGGAAGUACUGAAAAGGCAAGAUGUCAUCUAUG